GACAUCCGACAUCGGCGCUGAAGGAAAGCUCGGCCCAAACCCACCACAGAGGAACGCCGUGUAAUAAAAGAAGCAAAUCGGACUUCGUCUGGGGCUUUGGUGUCAGAGAGGGGUUCGAGAAAUUGUGCGCGGCAUCGUAGCAAACAGUGUAAAUGGAGCUUUGAUAGCGAUCGGAAGGACAAAACUUGCUCUCCGUCGUCCAACUCCAAACAAGUGUUUUUAAUUAAGUGUUUGAUUUUGACUCUUUAUCGAAAAAAAAGGAAUCACAUCGAAUAUUUAGAUUCGAAAAUAAAAUAGAGAAACUGUGAAGAUAUCUUGAGAUGGCAAAACUGUUUGUGGUUUUUGCCUUUUUGGCUUUGGCGGCCAUUAACGAAGCCACUGCCAGCGACAGCGAUCCGCUGCUGAGAUUCAGAAGACAGGCCACCACCGAGGAGGCCAAGAAGGAGGAGUCCUUCGAGAAGGAGCUCUGCAAGGACAAGGACGCCGGCGAGUGGUUCCGCCUGGUGGCCGGCGAGGGCGACAACUGCCGUGAUGUGAUCCAGUGUACCUCAUCGGGCCUGCAAGCCAUUCGUUGUCCUGCCGGUCUGUACUUCGACAUUGAGAAGCAGACUUGUGAUUGGAAAGAGUCGGUGAAGAACUGCAAGUCCAAGAACAAGGAGCGUCGUGUGAAGCCUCUGCUCCACACGGACGAGCCUCUCUGCCAGGAUGGAUUCCUUGCCUGCGGUGAUGGUAACUGCAUUGAGCGAGGACUCUUCUGCAACGGCGACAAGGAUUGUUCCGAUGGUUCCGAUGAAAACACCUGUGAUAUCGACAACGAUCCCAACCGCGCUCCACCCUGCGAUCCCACCGUGUGCGUCCUGCCCGACUGCUUCUGCUCGGAGGAUGGAACUGCCAUUCCCGGGGAUCUGCCCGCCAAGGAUGUGCCCAUGAUGAUCACCAUCACCUUCGACGAUGCCAUCAACAACAACAACAUCGAGCUGUACAAGGAGAUGUUCAAGAACCGCAAGAACCCCAACGGCUGCGACAUCAAGGCCACGUACUUCAUCUCCCACAAGUACACCAACUACUCUGCCGUCCAAGAAACAGCCCGCAAGGGACACGAGAUCGCCGUGCACUCCAUCACCCACAACGAUGACGAGCGCUUCUGGUCGAACGCCACCGUCGAUGACUGGGCCAAGGAGAUGGCCGGCAUGAGGAUCAUUACUGAGAAGUACGCCAACAUUACGGACAACUCCGUGGUGGGAGUGCGUGCCCCAUACCUGCGUGUCGGUGGCAACAACCAGUUCACCAUGAUGGAGGAGCAGGCCUUCCUGUACGACUCCACCAUCACGGCGCCCCUGUCCAACCCCCCACUAUGGCCCUACACCAUGUACUUCCGCAUGCCCCACCGCUGCCACGGCAACCUGCAGAGCUGCCCCACCCGCUCCCACGCCGUCUGGGAGAUGGUCAUGAACGAGCUGGAUCGUCGUGAGGAUCCCGCCAACGACGAGUACCUGCCCGGCUGCGCCAUGGUGGACUCCUGCUCGAACAUCCUGACCGGCGAUCAGUUCUACAACUUCCUGAACCACAACUUCGAUCGGCACUACGAUCAGAACCGCGCUCCCCUGGGUCUGUACUUCCAUGCCGCCUGGCUGAAGAACAACCCCGAGUUCCUCGACGCCUUCCUGUACUGGAUCGAUGAGAUCCUGGCCAACCACAACGACGUGUACUUCGUGACCAUGACCCAGGUGAUCCAGUGGAUGCAGAACCCACGCACCAUCAGCGAGGUCAAGAACUUCGAGCCCUGGAGGGAGAAGUGCGUGGUCGAGGGCAAGCCCGCCUGCUGGGUGCCCAACACCUGCAAGCUCACCUCCAAGGAGGUUCCCGGGGAGACCAUCAACCUGCAGACCUGCGUCCGAUGCCCCAACAACUACCCAUGGGUCAACGAUCCCACUGGCGAUGGUUUCUUCUAAGUCAGCGGUUAAUCCUUAUGGACUUCCCUACUUCUCCUUCCAAAAGUAAUCCUCUCUUCCACACCCUCACACCAAAACCCCCAAAAACAAAAGAAAAACCCUCAACACAACACAAUUACUUGAUCGAUCGAUUACCAUCGACUAUUUGAAUUUCCUGCAAGACUUUUUUAUAUAUUUUUUAUAUGGACUGACUCCCAGAAGCGGGCAAGUCUUUGCUGUGUUACGGUUAUGUUAUCACGAUUUCAACAAGGAAACUAUCAACAAAAAAAGAAAAUCUUUAAGAAACUGCAAGACCCAACAUCCAAACUUGUGUUUACACUCUUUUUUGUA